CCGAUUUUAUUUUAUUCCACAAACAUUCUGUGCAAACAUUGUUAUUUCAAUCAUUUAAUUGUUUGCAUAUUGUCUGUGUGAUUUAUAAAGGUUGAAAAACUGAGUAGGUAUUAUACUAACGUAACGGUUUAGAACUAUGAGGCAGAUAAAAGCAUAAAUUCUGUGCAAAGGCGCCAGGGUUCUGUGUUUUUCCUCAAAGGGUUUUUUGAUUUUUGUUACAUUUUAGAUUGUAGUUAGAGGGCAAAAUGCCCCUAAAAUUAUUCUAGAUCACAUAAGUAUGUUCUAGAUCGAUCAAGAAUUGUCUGUACACAACUCAUUUUGUUGCUGUGUCCCAUUCUAAAAUAGAACAUAACUUCUACUCUGGCUACUAGUCCGACUGUUUCCCCCAGAGAAUAGAUACAUUGUUUCCCCUAAAAGUCUUAAUCGAUGUCCGAACAAUAGAGAGCAAUAUUAGAAUAUUUUUGGCUAAACUUUAAUCUGCCAAAAUCUCAUUUAAAAAUGUCGGAUCCUCUUGAAGAUGUAACAGCAGAAGAAAUGAAUGACCAAUUCAUAUAUGAUGCAGAUCAAUCAUCUGCCCUAAAUUGGACGCAUUGUGCUACUGAAGACUUACUCAGACUUUAUUCGGAAUAUAAUGAUUUAUAUUUGAAAGGGAAAAUAAGAACGAAAACGGAAAUGUUUAAAAUUGUGGGAUCAGAAAUGACCAAGUUAGGAUAUACCAUGACACCAGCCCAAUGCCUUAAUAGAUGGAAGAGUCUAAAGAGAAGUUAUAGAAGUAAACUUGAAAACAGUAUGAGUGGAAAACCUAAUGGUAAAAGAAUAGCAAGUUUUGAUGAACAGGUAGAAAAUAUUUUAAAAAAAGAGAAGCCAUUCUUAAGAAAGAAAUUAUACAAAAUAUCUAAAGUACCACAAGGAUAUUAUGUAGGGUCUGACGAAGAAGAAGAAAUUGAUGAAAUGGAAUAUACCGAAACAGACGAUGCAUUAAUACAAAGCGUUCUUAGUGAUAGAGACACAGAAGUAAAUACUUCUAGAACAUAUGAAUCAAAUAAUAUAGAGGUUGUCUAUGGGGUGGAAGAUGAACCAGAUCACACUUAUUCUUUUAAGACUUCUUCAAACAAAUCACAUCAUUCGGUGACUGAAAAAUUAUCAGAGUUGAAAGACAUUGUUAAAGCCAGUUUAGAAGUCAAUGUACAACUGCUAAAAAAUAAUAAUUUAGCUACAGAACAAAUAGCAACGUAUCUGGAAAGUCUGGAAAGGAAAGAAGAGGAGAAAUUAUCUAUUAAAAGGAAAAAACUUGAAAGACAAACUGAAUUGGUUCAACAAAUGAAGAUACAGAAUAGCUUAAUAGCAAAAUUGAUACAAAAGUUAGGACAAAACACGUAAUAUAACUAUGUUUAGUUUGUGUAAAAAUUUAAGGCAAACUGAAUACGGAGAGACAGGAGAAUAAUUUAUUUUGAUAAAAAAUUUAAAAACACUAAAGUGUCAAUCAUUAUCCUUCCUUUGACUGAAUAAGAAAUAAAUACUAAAUUAUAAUUAAGUAUGGUUAAUUGAAAAUCCAUGAUGAAUUUUUGCCUAUAUAGGUACCUACUACCUAUUACAGUUGAGGGUUGGAACCUUUGGUGUUACAGCAGUACAAUAGAACAUUAAUUCACCACAAAAAAACACUUAUUAGUUAUGCAAAUGUCAUCGAUUUACAUUUCCAAGCCAGCUGGGUGCAGUUUUUUUCGAUCAUACGGUAGAAUUAUUUACUUAUAGUGGCUAAAAUACUGUUUGAUUGAAAAUGUAAGCAAGUUGGCACGAACAUGACGAUCGAUGACUUCCACCAAAUUUUUUACGUAUGAUUUCAAUUUCCAAGCCAACUAUGACACCGAUUUUUUUCUUCGAUCUUAUAGUAUUUUUACACGCAAAUGUGAGAACUCUAUUAAUCAUUUUGACAAGAUCAUGGUCUUUAUUUAUGAUGAAUGAUGUUUGUCUUUUAAUUUGUUGUGUAAAUAUUCCACAAAAAUUGUCACCUGUAAAUAUUAGCCUAUUGAUUUUUGUUAUUUUCUAGAACAAUAAAAAAGACACUGAAAUCA